AUGGUGAAGUUCCGGCUGGGACUUUUUCUGGUGGUUUACGGAUUGCACUUGACCGUCGCAAACGAAAUAAUAAAUACUCCGGCGAUCGGUCAGAACGGCACCCGCUGUUACGACACGUUCAACAGACCUCGGAGAUGCAUUCCUGCCUUCGAGAAUCCGGCCUUCAACAAUUUGAUUGAAGCGACGAAUACCUGUGGUGAAUAUGGACCUACUCCUUACUGCAUACAAACGGGGACGUCAAUGGCUUCGUGCGGGGUCUGCAACAAAGGGCAGCAUUCUGCAGAAUUCCUUACGGACAGCGAGGAUACUCCCACCUGGUGGCAAUCCGAAACCAUGGAGGAUGGUAUUCAAUACCCAAACGAAGUUAAUUUGACUUUGCACCUGAGGAAAUCGUUUGAUAUUACCUACGUCCGCAUCUGGUUUCAUUCCCCGAGACCUGAGAGCUUCGCCAUCUACAAAAGAACUUGCGAGAAUUGUCCUUGGGUUCCUUACCAAUAUUACAGUGCAACUUGUCGAGAUACCUAUAGUUUACCAGAUUCCAAUAAGAUUUCGCGUGGAGAAGAGACAAGGGCUUUAUGCACUUCGGAAUACUCGGAUAUUUCUCCUUUGAAGGAUGGAAAUAUUGCUUUCGCUACUUUGGAGUUUCGGCCUUCAGCUUACAACUUCGAUUCAAGCCCCGAUCUACAAGAAUGGGUAACAGCUACUGAUAUUCGCAUUACUUUAAACCGAUUGAACACUUUCGGAGAUGAGCUUUUCGCCGAUACUUCAGUCCUUCGUUCUUACUACUAUUCAAUCGUUGAGGUCUCAGUUGGAGCUCGAUGCAAAUGCAACGGUCACGCUUCUGAAUGCAUUUACUCUUCGGAUCUGGAUGGAUCACAAAACAGGGUUUGCAAGUGUGAGCACAACACGGCAGGUCCGGACUGCGAAGUGUGUCUUCCGUUCUUCAACGAUGCUCCAUGGGGUAGAGCUUCGGAAAGGAACGUGAACGAAUGCAAACCUUGCAACUGCAACGGUUUUUCUCAAAGAUGUUUCUUCGAUCGGGAUUUGUAUCAAAAAACUGGACACGGUGGACAUUGCUCCGAUUGCACGGUGAAUCGCGAUGGACCGAAUUGCGAACGCUGCAAACCGAACUUUUACCAGCACGAAGAUCAGACUUGCAUUGCUUGUAACUGCGAUCCUGUUGGAUCAAGGAUUCUUCAAUGCAAUUCUGAAGGCAAAUGCCAGUGUAAACCGGGUGUUACGGGAGAAAAAUGCGAUCGAUGCGAAGCAAAUCAUUACAAUUUUGGACCUAUGGGAUGUCAGAAUUGCGGUUGCAGCGUGGAAGGUUCUUUCAAUAAUCAGCCGAGCUGCGAUCCGUAUACUGGAAUUUGUAUUUGCAAGGAGAACGUUGAAGGUAAACGAUGCAAGGAAUGUAAACCGGGUUUCUUCAAUCACGAUUUGGAGAACGAUUUUGGGUGUACUCCUUGCUUCUGCUACGGACACUCCUCCGAGUGUAUUUCUGCGCCAGGAUACUCUAAAUACCAAUUGGAAUCUGCGUUUACGAAGAGCAGCGAACGUUGGAAGGCGGUGGAUUCCUUCAAUAGAAGCGUUGAGUUGAAGUACAACGGGAUGACUCAAUGCAUCGGAGUCACAGCUCAAGAUAAUGAAGCUAUCUAUUUCGUGGCUCCGGACAGAUAUCUGGGGGAUCAAAGAGCCUCGUAUAAUCAACUGCUGAAAUUUACUUUGAGAAUUGGUGAGAAUCGAGCUAUUCCGACGCCAACGGAUGUUAUACUAGAAGGUGCCGGUACUUACAUCACCAGUCACAUUUUCGCUCAAGGAAAUUCCGUGCCUUCGGUGCAAAAUGCGGAAUACUCGUUCAGAUUACACGAAAACCAAAUUUACGGAUGGUCUCCAAGAUUAUCGGCAAGGGGUUUCAUGUCUAUACUCACGCAGUUAACAGCUAUUAAGAUUAGAGCCACGUAUUCACCGGGUGGCGUGGGUUAUCUUGAUUACGCCAAAUUAGAAACUGCUUCCAGAGGAGUUGCAGGAAGGUCAGCUCAUUGGGUCGAACAGUGCAGAUGCCCACAAGGAUAUGUGGGUCAAUACUGUGAAUCUUGCGCCCCUGGAUACAGACAUUCCCCAUCACUCGGAGGACCAUUCAUGCCGUGCAUUCCCUGCGAUUGCAACAAACACGCGGAUAUUUGCGACUCAGAAACGGGAAGAUGCAUCUGUCAGCAUCACACCGCUGGUGAUAAUUGCGAGAGAUGCGCCAGAGGAUAUUAUGGAAACGCUCUGAGCGGAACCGAAUCGGAUUGUCUUCCGUGCGGUUGUCCAAACGGCGGAGCUUGCAUUCAACUCGACGAAGACACCGUCUGCGUCGAAUGUCCCACCGGAUACACCGGACACAGAUGCGAUUCCUGCUCGGAUGGAUUCUUUGGAGAUCCGAACGGCCGUUUCGGACCUCAAACACCGUGUCAGCAAUGCGACUGCAACUUAAACAUAGAUCCGAACGCGAUAGGAAACUGCAACACCUUAACUGGAGAGUGCUUGAAGUGUAUUCAUAAUACCGGAGGCACGAAAUGCGAUAAAUGCUUGUCAGGAUUCUACGGAGACGCUUUGUCUUUGCCGAAAGGCGAUUGUCAACCGUGCGAGUGUAUGCCGCACGGCACCGUGGAAGGAGACGAUGAGUCCCUCAUGUGCGAUCAGAUCACCGGGACGUGCACUUGCAAGGCUCACGUACAAGGAAGGAAUUGCGAUUUGUGCGAAGAAGGUUAUUACAAUAUAAUAACAGGAGACGGUUGCACUACGUGCAACUGCGAUCCGACCGGGUCCUUCAAUCAUACCUGCAAUAUUUACACGGGUCAAUGCUUCUGCAGACCAGGAAUCACAGGUCUGCGGUGCGAUCAAUGCGAGUCAUUCAAGUAUGGAUUCUCGAUGGAAGGUUGCAAAAACUGCGACUGCGAUGGUAUCGGUUCUCAAGACAUGCAGUGCGACUCCUCCGGGCAAUGCCCGUGUCUCGAGAAUGUUGAAGGCAGGAAGUGUGAUCGCUGUAAAGAAAACAAAUACGAUCGUCAAAGAGGGUGCGUCGAUUGCCCGGAUUGUUACAACUUGGUGCAAGAUGCUUCGCGUCGUCACUUGAGCAAAAUCCAUCAGUUGCGCAGCAUUUUGGAUGAGAUCGAAAGGAAUCCCACCGUAAUCGACGAUGAUACUUUCGAAGAGCAAUUACAGGAGAUCCAAGAUGAGGUCAUGAUCAUAACCGAUCAAGCCAAGUCUGGUUUAGGAACGGACGAUAAAACGCUCAUGGAUAAAUUGGAUGAUAUUUCUCAAAGGCAAGAAGAGAUUGGCGAAAUACUCAUGGACAUCGAUGAAAACAUUGCUUUGGCAAAACAAAAAGACGAAAUCGUGCAAAGUAAUUUAACGGAAACGGAAAACAUCCUGAAAGAUAUUACUUUAAUAAUAGAAGAUGCAUUGGAGGCUGUAGAAGCAGAGGGCAAAUUGGCCUUGGAAAGCGCCAAAGAACGUGCCAAAUUAUUUGGUCAACAAUCUGACAAUAUGACUAAUAUAGCUCAUGAGGCACGAGUGGUUUCCGAGGAUUUGGAAAACGAAGCCGAUGACAUAAUAUCAGUAGCUUCCGAAGCUAAAAUAAAGUCCACCGAGGCUUACGAUUUGGCCAAGAACGUAACGGAUCAAAAGAAAAGCAUAACGCAAGAGAUACGCGCAUUGAACAACGAUAUAUUAAGCACUGAGACUAAACUUGAGCGAGUUAAGAUAUGGACGGUGGAUGCUCACAAAACUUCGAGCGAUAUGAAGAAUCGCGCUUUAAGUUUACUCAACGACGCGCAGAAUCUCGUUGUACCAGACGUGGAUAUUAACAAUUUAAAGAAGUCUUCAGAAACUGUUAAAGUGGAAGCUAAGAAUAUCUUGGAUGCAACGGAAGCGCUGUUGAAGGACAACGAAAAAUUGCUGUCCGAAAUCGAAGAGCAAGUUAUGUUAUCCAAUGACUUACUCAACAAAGGAUACGAUCAGGAAGAUAUUUUGACAGAUUUGAAAGCUGAUUUCGAUUUGUAUAGGUCUCAAGCGGAAAAUGCGGUGCAAUUGGGUGAUAACACUUUGAGGGAUGCUCAAGCCAUGUACACGACCUUAAGUGAGUUCGAUAAGCAAGUGCAGGAGAGUAAAGAAGCUGCGCAACAAUCGCUGGAUGAAUUACCGGAGAUUCGUCAACUUAUCCACGAUGCCAAUUUCAAAAUAUUUGAAGCUCAAAAAUCUUUGUUGGGAGCUACAGAGAACGCAGAAAACGCUCUCGAUAGGGCUAAAAACGCAAGGGAUUUAGCUAUACAGGCUACUAAAGAUGCAGAAAAUGUUAAGAAUGAAGCGGAAUUGCUGAGUAAUAACGCUACAAAUCUACAAUCUGAAGCGGAAUUGAUGGCUGAUCGAGUGGAGAACACUGAAAUCGAGUAUAAUAGAUUGAUGGAUCAGAUGGAAAAUAAUGGUACACUCUUAAAUGAAGCUAAAGAAAAGGUGGGACGAGCUCAAAAGGAUUCUCAGGAAGCUACGAAGAAAGUGCAUGAUAUACUUAAAGACGUGGAUGCCAUCGUCAAAGAAUUAGAUAACUUACCAGAAUUCGACGAGGACGAGUUGAAUCGUUUGGAGCAGGAGCUGAAGAAGGCGGAGCAGCGCGUCAAGGAGGCUAAUUUGGAGGAGAUCCUCAAGACUUUACAGUUGGAGCAGAAGGAGCAAAACGCGCUGGUGGAGAAUUACAGCAACGAAAUCGAUCGGCUGACGAAGGAGGUGGAGAAUAUUCAGCAAAUCGCUUCAGCUCUUCCGGACGGAUGCUUCAGGAAGUUCGUCUUGGAACCGUAAAUAAAUGCAAUUCAUUUUCUGUGUGUGUAUAUAUAUAAAAGACUGUAAAUAGCAUCUGUAAAUAAUGUUAGCACGUAGAGUAAUAUUUUUUUUUUGUAUACCAAAGCAAACAAUAGUCACACAGCUGAAUAUCGAUCACAUUUUUAUACACAUCAUCA